AUGGAAGGUCGUCCAACAUUGUAUUUUGUUCUCAAUUCGCCGAUGUAUUUCGCUACUUNAAAAGUCGUUUAUCACUCUUAUUCUUCUGAGUUCUUUUUUUGUGUAAUGGAAGGUCGUCCAACAUUGUAUUUUGUUCUCAAUUCGCCGAUGUAUUUCGCUACUUAUUCGCGAAAGUUGACGUUAAGAAUGUUUCUUUACUUCCAUGCAAAACUCAUUACACUGACAUUUCUUCUGAUAUUGGCGAUUAUACGAGGAUUAAUGUUUAUGUUUGGAGUAUUUGGGGAGAAAAUAACAACAGUCGAUGUUUAUCAUCAAGACAUGGAUCUGAUUAUUCGUCAUUGUCCAAAGUUGAAGAUUAAUUCGGCUAUUUAUCAAUCAACUUUCUACAAUCCACCAGAAUGUCAAAAAGACGUUACUUCUCGUGUACAACAACUAUGCGAGAAUAAAAUGAACGAUCAAUACGUUACUCAAAACAAUUGGUCGUCAAUUAUACAUGUAAGUAUCGAACUAGAAAUAACAGACGAAGAUGCACACUUUGUGCAACAUCAAGUCAUACUCGAAGCUGCCAUAGUUGUACAGGUGUGGAAAAAUGGAGAUUUUCAAACAAGCAAUGCUACAUGGUACAAUAACUGUGAGUUACAGAAUAUCAAUGGUGAAUUAAAGUGUGCAUCUGACUUGAAAGAUCGAUGUCCUGACAAGACAAUAAUGCACAACAUGAAUUUUACAUACAAUUGUACGUGUAACGGUGUUUUAUUGUUAGAUGGAUUUGAUUAUCCAGGUAGAGAAAUCUACAAAAUUGAAAAUAUAUCCCUACAACAGUGUUUUGAUAAUUGUACAAAAACAUCAAACUGUAUUGGCUUUGCAUUUGAUCCCGUUUAUUCACGAUGCUGGACAAAAUGGAAGUUGGAAAACUUGCGGUACCCUACAAAUUAUAUAAGAACCACUGGUAUCGUCAUUGAAAGACUUGGUUUCGAUAUGAUCACGAAUAAUUUAAAUGAUGGUAUUCCAACUCAGCAGUCAUCUCGUUCAAUAAAGACAAUCUAUAUUAAAGAGGGUGAAGAAUAUCGUGGUCAAGUUAAUGCAUCUGGCUCACUCGUCGGAUAUGGUUUAUAUUUGUGGAAGAAUGGUAAUAUGUAUUUGGGCGAAUUUACAAGUGGUGUUCAGACUGGAAGGGGUACAAUGGUUUACAAUGAUAGAAACAAAUAUGUUGGAGACUUUGUAAACGGCUAUCGACAUGGCAAUGGUACGAUGAUUUUGGCGAACAGUGAUAAAUAUGAUGGAAAUUGGGUGAACGGUUUUAGAACUGGUUAUGGUAUAUAUCAGUGGUUGGAUGGUGAUAAAUAUGAGGGCUAUUGGCUGAAUGGAAAUCAGGAGGGCAACGGUAUGAUGAUUUGGGCGAACAGGGAUAAAUAUUAUGGAAAUUGGGUGAAUGGAAAUAUCGAGGGCAAUGGCACAAAAAUCUGGUCGAAUGGUGACGAGUAUGAAGGAGAAUGGAAAGAUGAUAUGCGAAAUGGAUAUGGCGUCUUUAAAGGAUCAAAGGGCGAUACAUACCGAGGAAAUUGGGUAAAUGAUCAUAGACAAGGCAGAGGAACAAUGACAUAUUCCAAUGGGACUAUUUUAGAAACAACUUGGGCAGCUGACGAUCCAUAUCCGAUGUCUCACUAA